GGACACCGCACUCCAGCCGUGGUCUCGCUAGGGCCGAGCGGAGGGGACGCCCCCCUUCUCCGGAGGUGUCCCGCGGUGACGGGGUGACCGCAGCCCCCGCCCCAGCGCGGCCGGAGCCGCCGUUCGCCUCGGGAGGUCCCCGCGCGGCGCCGGAACCGGCGGCGGGCUCUGUUUCCGCGGGGCGGGGCAGGCCCAGCAUGGCGCUGCGCUGCGCGGGCCCGGGCCGUGUCCGCUGGCUGGCGCGGGCACUGGCGGGCCCCGCUCGGCUCCUGCCGCCGCCCGCCGCCGCCUCGGCCCCGCUGGGGCCCGCCCGGCUCCCCCCGCCCCGGCCCAGCGCCCGGUUCGCCAGCACCGCCGGGCCCGGCCCCGAGGGCCCGCAGCGGCGCGUUGUGGUGGUGAGGAUCACCAGCCCCAUCGCCUGGCUCCGCACCCGCUUCUACUACCUGCUCAUCCGCCUCUACUUCGAUCAGGAGUUCAGCGUCGAGGAGUUCACGCGGGGGGCCAAGCAGGCCUUUUCUGUUGUUUCAAAGCUGCUGUCUCAGCGUAAACUUGACCUGCUGGAUGAACUUGUGUCACCAGAGGUACUUCAGGUGCUGAAGGAAAAGAUUUCUUUGCUCCCUGACAGCCACAGGGAUGCUUUAGCAGCUGACAUUGAUUCAAUCAUGUACACAACAGAAGGAGAUGUUCGCAUUUACUAUGAUGAUGAUGGAAGAAAGUUUGUUAGCAUCCUGAUGUGUUUCUGGUAUCUGAAUGGUGCUAAUCUACCUGAUGAAGUACCAGGUGGAGCCAAAGUUUUUCAGAUUGUGUUUGGAGAUGAAAGCACAAAAGAAAAAAAACAUCUUUUAACAGCAAACUAUGAGUUCCAAAGAGAAUUUACAGAAGGAGCAAAACCAGACUGGACAAUUACACGGAUUGAACAUCCAAGGCUAUUAGAAUAAAUGCUUUCUACAGCCUUUUUAUGUAAAUGUUCUGAUGUAACAAAUAUCAGGGGGUUUGGGGUCUCUUUUUUUCCUUUCUUGCCCUUUCCUCCAAAAGAUAGAUGAAUUUUGUAUGUUUGAUUCUCAAAAAUUUUUUCUGAAACAUUCAUUGUGCUGCAGUAUUCCAAUAAAGCCUUUUCCCUGGUACAGGCUAGUACAAAUUUAAUUGGCUCCAAUGCUCAUCCAAGACAUUUAGGCAGAGCAGUUUCACCCUGGCAGGCGUUAUGGGUAUGUUGACUUACAUUCUGAGAAGAGAUGGUACUGUUUGAAGAUAAACAAUGCUUUAAUGGCUGAUGGCCCUUCUGAGUUACUUUCCUAUGUUUCUUUUUUCCCUUAGGGACUGUACAAUAUAUAACUGAAUAAUAUGCAAGAUGAAAUAGAGGUAGAUGGACUUCUUAGAUUGUCUAGCCUCAGCAGUUCAUUUUGAGGUAAUCUUGCUUUUGAAUAUGUUUUGAGAUUAAGAAAGUUAGAGCCAUUAUCAGUAUUUGCUACAGGAUUGGAGUAAAAAAAAAGCUUCUAGCAUUGCACUGGGAAAAUACAACCAAGAGAUAUGUGUUUUGAAAAAUUAAAAAAAAAACAUUCAAUUCAAUAACAUAUAGGUGAUUCCAAGUUUAGAGGUUUAUGAAAGAAAAAUCAGUUAAACCCAUGAAUUUAAGAGAGGACCUGAGAGUUAAGGUAAAUGAAGUCCUCUGUUUGAAAUGCGUGUUAAAGAAAUGAACAAAUCCUUAAAAUUAGAUGUUGCAACUGAACAACUCAGUUUAUCUCUGGUUUCUGGAACACGAGAAUCCUGGUGUAAGUAGCUUGAGGCUUUUUUAUGUGAAUCAACAGGAGAACAUUGUAACAGGUUUCUUCAUCCCUUAUAUCAACUUCAAAUAUAAAGCUAACUUUCUACACAGGUAUGCUGUAGAUAUUAGUGUAGUGUUUUGAAAGUAUAAAGUAUAAUUACUGUGAUUCACAGUAGUUGUGAUUGAAAGGUAUAAAUUAAAUUUUCCAUAGUUCAGCUCUUUUGAUCCAGAUCCAUUUAAAUCUUAUCAAAAAGUUUUUAAUGUCAAAUCUUGGAAAAAUAAUUAUGCUACUUUGUUCUGCCUUAGCAGCAGCAGACUGGCCUUAUAAUGCAGAAUUUGUGAUUUGUCCUCUGGACAAAGUUCACUGAUGACAGAGUGCCUUGUCCUCAGGGGAGGAGCAGAAUUCUGUAUAUAUAGCCAUUGUGUUUGCAGUCAGCCUGGAAAAGUUUGAGACAAAGCAAAAAAUGUUUAUUAUUCUGUGGGCCAUUUGCUCCAUGGUGGGAUGUCCAGUUUGGCCACUGAAUAAUGUGCUGCAAGAAGCUGCAAUCAGACUUACUUGGGUCUGUAACAGACCCAAAUAACAAGUAACAAGAGACAAAGCAGAACACUAGUGAAAUGUGCAGAUGCACUUUUGAAAGAAGUCAUUAUGAUGGAGCAAAAUAAGAAAAAAAGCCACUGAAGCAGUCUUUAUAUUCAGGAGUGUCUGCUUUUGUCUUUAAAUAACAUAGAUCUAUUCAGAAAUACUGGUAUAUCUUAGAUUUUAAUUCAGGUUGCUUUAUUAGUGUCUUUUUUGUGUGAUUGGAUGUAUCAAAAUGAGAGUCUCUGUCAUGACUGAUGAAGAAUUACCCUUUUACUACUGAGUGCUCCAUUUUUGGUUGCAAAGGCAAAGUAGACCCUUCUGUAUGACUGAUAAUGAAAUUUGUUUGUUUUGUUCACUAUAAAAUUGUGACUUGAUAGAAACAUGCUCCAAGUUGAUAACACAGUUUUGCUGCAGAAGAUGUAACUGAAAAUUUACAUGCACUGCUUUAUUAUUUUGAAGUUGUGUAUCUUGUGCAUCGGGGCCAGAGAGGGCAGCGCUUGGAUGUUUGUGGGUUUUUCCACCUCUGAGCUUCAUCUAGAAAAUAGUCCUGGAGACUGCAAAUCUCCAUCAGAUCCAGAACUACUUGUGGCCUUAUUGCACUGUAAAUGAAUCAGAAAGGCACAUAAAUUACUAAGCUUACUGUAUUGGAAAGUGAUCUUCUCCCACAGUGAAUAAAACUGGUGGAAUCAAACUGAAUUUAGAGUCUAAUACUGGUUUCAGAAGAAAAAAUGCCACCAUCACUCCACCCCAAAAAACCACCACAUACUACCCCAAACCCAACUUGUAAGUAACAAACAAAUGUACAGCUUGGAGGACAUUGAAGUUUAUAGGAAGGUUUGACUCCUUUUUACCUGCCAUCCAUAAAUUCUGUGUCCUAAGUGUGAUCUUCAUAGCAAUUAAUCAGACUGAAGUGGAUGUCCCUGAAGGGCUAUUGUCAUCUUAUGGCAUCCGUGUUUUCUCUCAUGGAAGGACUUUUCUUCUGUGUUGUCUGUUCAGGCAAAACGGGAACUUCUGGUUUCCAUGUUGCCAUCCAAAAGUAGCAAUAAAAAAUGUAUUUAGUUUCUUCAAGUGAAUAUAUUUCUAUAUGCUGUCAAGGCUGUCCCAAAUUCCUAUGGCAAAAGGGAUGAAUAAAAGGUUAAGUUUGCUUCAUCUCAGUCUAGACAAAGAUAGAGAGAAUAUUGUCUUGUAAUUUUGGGAUUUCCAGUCCUGCCAUUCAAACACUUUACCCUAAAAAUCAUAAUGAUAACUUUAAUGUUCAGAAUUAUAAAAAUGAACUAAAGGAAUUGUUUCAUGAUUUGGGAAUAAUGAUGCCCAGCAGGGAACAGUAGAAUGGUGUGGAGAUCCCAGAUUUUCCUAUUAUUUGUCUCAGACAUCACCUGGGAAAUCACAGUGUUUAAGGAUUUAUGUGUGCCUGAUUUCCCUCUCAUCUCAUUGCCUCGCUUGCAUUUCUGUUGCUUUAUGUGGGAGGACAAGUACAAUUGUAAUUAUGGUGUGUAGCCUGUAAAUCCCCAUACAUGACCAUCUAAAAUAUUUGCAGUUUUAGCCCACAAAUGUCUUCAUUCAGACCCCAUUAAUUCUUGAAAACAGUGUUACCAGGCUUGGUAGUGAUUUUUAAGGUAAAAUUCAUAUCUGUUAGCAACACUGAUAUUUCUCAUUCAUUUUACACAGAACUGUAAGGUCACACAAGGUGUCUGGACUGCACUUCAACUGGGGAUGGAAAUUCAAAGUACCACAUUCUUCUCCCCUGUGAGAAAUCAUGUUUGUUUAGGUUCAUGUGGAGCUUGGGAAGCCUUAAUUUUUUAUUUGUUCAUCUGAAACUGUGGUCAUGUUUAAUGAUUCCUGACAGCUGCCUAGCACAAUUUCAAUGCAUGUGCCUAAAUCUUAACAAGCACUAAUUAAAUCCGGCCAACAAAAUCCCUGUUAAUUUGCACACCCCACUCACCAGUAGAUGGCCUUGGCCACAAAGCAAUUGUGGCUGGAAAGAGACUGGCAUUAAUGAGAGUGCUAGCGAGGUAAAAAAUAAAAUGGUAGAGACAUUGAGUGCUAUUUAAAUUAUUUAGACUUGUCUUACUGAAAAGUCUUGAUAUUUUUACUGGCUUUCAUCCUGACUCAACGAUAGUGUCUUGUGUUCUCUCUGCAGCGCCUGCCCAUUUUAAAGUGGCAAUUUAUCAGUGUUCUUAAUAAAGAUUCAUUGUCUGUGUGAAUUCACACAGGCACCUCA